ACAACCGAGUGAGCUUCUGACGGUGGUAGAUCGUAUCGCACGUGGUUCAAUUUUGUAUCCACGUGUCGGCGUCCGAUCGUGCAAAUCCGUUGACGUUUCUGUGAUUUUUUGAAUUAUAAAUAUUCAAAGAGUAGCGUGUGACGUGUCUUGCAGCACCUAUCACCAUCUCAUUCUAGCACCGUGAUUUUCGGCAUUUUGCUGUCGUUUGCAAGCCGUCUCACUUCCACUCUCGGCCACCGGCUGACGUGUGAGCCGCAAAGUCGCCAUUCGGUAUGGAACUCAAAAGCUCUCCCGUUCGUUAGAGUGAAACAGGUAGAGAGUGUAUGCAGCACUUGUUUUGAAGUGCAAGAGCGAGAGCAUACGACCAUCGUCAUCUCAGUCACAUUCGUGAAUGUAUGGUGGUGUCGUGACAUGAAUUGAAAAUACAUUUUCGUUUAUGAAGUGAUGCGCGGUGCUGUGUUGGUGAAACACCAUCAUUCUCAGCUCUGUGGUGUCUCUCGAGUGCAGCAUUUGGCAGUCUCGUUGACACCGGCUUCGUGUUCAAAGCGUACCAAUAUCGGGCCGCAUACACAACGUUGAUACGUGACAGAAUUUUUUGGGGAGAAACAAAUAAUAAAAAAAAAGAGAGGAGAAAGGAGAUAAUCCGCCGAAAAGUGUUUUCAGUGGUCUUUUCGACACAUUCGGAAUUCACACGAGAAAAAAAAUUGAUUUCCGAAGGGUGCUUCGAACCCACCCCCUACAACUACAGAUUUCUGAAAUCAAGUUAGAACCAUAUUUGCUUAGGGCAACUUGAGGUUCAUUGGAAGUAAUAUAUAUAUACAUAUAUACAUAUAUAGUUCCUCGGCUAGAGGACUUGUUCUUAUGUUAGGAGUUCCUUGUGUACCAUGGAAUAGCCAAGGAACAACAUUUUUGGUCAGUGCUUGAUAUACCAGCAACUAAAGUGAUUUGGUUAACAUUUGAGCAGUGUGUCUCUGAUUGCUGAAUUGAGCGGAAAUCCAAUUUGUAUGAUUCACCGACCCAGUGAAACAAUGCUUGUAUUUAGAAUUCUAAGCUACAUUUCAUUCGCCGACAGGUGUUAACUACAAUCCGUUUUGGAUAUUAGGUAUCCAGAAUAUCUCGUGUUGUGUUGUGUGUUUAGGAUAUCAUAAAUAGCAUAAAUAGUUUAAGUAUUGACGGAUUUAAUGCCAUUUGGCCAAUAUUGAUGAUUGUGCCGAAAAACCUACAGCCAUCACCUUGAUCUACUGAUUAUUGCAAAAAGGUAUUAGAGGUGUUCAAUAACAUCGAUUUUGCAGAGAGCUUGUGCUCUAGUGAAAUGUGGUCAGAGUGUCUCAUUUGAGAGAAGCAUAACUUGAUGUGACAUUGCAAGUGGAAAAAUUUGUGUUAUUUUCACUUAAAUAUAUAUAUAGAAGUAGUUUUUGGUGAAGUGUUUGCAAAGAAAGUGACCCAAGUGAGGGUUUAUAGCUCAUAACCGGUGAUCAUCAUCAAGACAAGUGUCUGCCCAAAACUUGCGGCCAUCAACAUGGAUAUCCUACCGAGUGGUAAUAUCUUCAGGGAGUUGCAGGAUGUUCACGAUACUGGAUACUUCUCAUCACAAGGAUCCAUUGAGGAUCAAUGGCAACAGACGUGUUACGAGAUGGAACAGUACCUUAAAGAUGAGCCCAAGCUGCAAUCCUACAAAAAACUACCAACAGACCUCGAUACACCAUGGGAUCUCUUCACAGCGCCCACUGUCUCAGCGUCGUGGAAGGUAGUGGACCCCCUAUGUCUGGAUGAGAUCAACCUGAGCGAGCGACCCCUUGAUUCCCUGUCCAUGAGUUCGGCGUCAUCGGCGUGUUCGGGUGUAUCGUGGGAUAGUUCUCUGAGUUGCGCUGUGGUGGUGAAAAAGGAGCGCCUCGAUGACGAAUACGAGGACAAUUCGGAUGGCUGCGAGGAGCAUCCCUGCAAGAUGCUGCAGACAAAAACAGAGAGUGCCAUUGAGCUGAGGUUAGUGGCGCGAACUGCUGAUCAGACUGACCUGCUACCUACGCUGACGCCACCCUCGUCGCCAGAAUCGGUGCGGAAUAAUGGGGCAUCAGAUGCUGAAUUAGCCCUCCUGGGACAUCAAGGUAUUUUAAGGGUAUCACCCAGUGGUCACCUACCGCGAAGUGCUCUUGUACGGUUUACAGCAGCCGGAAAGAAUGCUCUCAGUGUUACACGUUUCAUCCAAGUCAGCCAACGACUACCCUCCGGCUCCACCACAGCGCAUCGUACCGCCAAUUCACCCAGUUCACCCACAGUCACAGGAAAACAUCACCAAAGACAACAUGACCACAGUCCAGACUCAAAGCGUCGGAUACACAAAUGCCAAUUUCUUGGUUGUAAAAAAGUCUACACCAAAAGCUCACAUCUAAAAGCUCACCAAAGAACACACACGGGUGAAAAGCCUUACAAAUGCUCGUGGGAAGGAUGCGAAUGGCGAUUCGCACGAAGUGAUGAGCUUACACGUCACUAUCGGAAGCACACAGGAGCUAAACCAUUCAAAUGUCGCCACUGUGAUCGGUGUUUCUCACGAUCGGACCACCUGGCGCUCCAUAUGAAGCGACAUGUAUAAGUAUGGCAUACACAAACGUCUUAUUUUCCGCGAUAUCACACCAUGCCGGAAAUCCAUUCCACAUCCAUUUCUCUUUUCCACAUGGAAAGCUGAAUAGUGAUCCAAAUUCGCACUUGAACUGAAUGGUUUUUUGAAACGUCAAAUGCCAAACUGACAGGAGAAUCUCUGUCACAAGAGUGGGUGUCUUUUGGAAAAUAACAAAUAUUCUCAUCGUAGAUGAGAGUAAAAAAAAUGUAUCAAUAUGUGUAAAUUUUAGAUCAAAAAAAUUUUAGUGAUUUUCAUAAGAAAAACACUUAAAAAUGAGCUCAUUGAAAAAACAAUCGUUCUUUCGAAAUCCAAAUUUUCUCAAAAAAAAAACUUAUUAAAUAUCAUAAAACUAUUUAUUUUCAAUUGGCACGAAUUAUCAUUUUUAAAAUAUUUCAUUAGAAAAGAAAGAAAACAAGGAAAAUUUGAGAAUAAAACUUCGAGAAAAGAGACAAAUUUCACUGCCAUUUACUGAGAAGGAGUGUUUCGUUAAGGGGCCAGUUUAUGGUUUAAGUAAGUUGUUGAAAUAUGUUUUUAUUUUAAGUGAAUAAAUUUAUCAUGUAAUUUUUGUCUCUAUUUUAUACCAGGAUGUAUUUUUUUUAUAUUUUUUAAUUCGUAGCAAUAUAGUUUGAUAAGUUUUACCUUUAAAUUUUAAGAUACUUUUUUUGCUAAUAUAUUUUAUAAUUAUUAUUUAGAUUAGGAUUCCAGUGGAAUAAUUACGUUCUCUUCGUUUUGACGAUUUAUAAACGCCAAAAAAGUAUAUAACAAUAGAAAAAAUACAAAUUUUAGUUAUAGUUACCAAUGGUAUGAUGAAAUUGUACUAAAUUUCAUUGAAACGUUCAUUUUCUACUUAUGAAUAGCAUUUAGUUCAAAUUCAUACAAACGGCUUCUGAUUUACUUGUGGCUGGUUAUUUGGCUUUCACUUUUUUUUUUCAGGGAAAUUUUAUUUUAAAGCAUUGAUUUGGUAUAAUUAAAUAUUGAAUUAUGUUAAAUAUUUUUGUUAUAUCAUGCUGUUUGAUUGGUGAAAUGCUUCAAAGCAUUCGUGAUACAUCAAGCUUCAGCCAAUCAGAGAACGCGAUGGUAUACUAAAAUAUUUUAUGCGGUUAAAUAUUUAGUUACAUGUGAAUGAUGUUUUUGUAGAGAUGUUUCUUAAAAAAAUCAAAUUUUUUUUUCUACUUCUUCCAACAAUGUUAUGACCAGCGCAUUAUAACUUUUGUUUGUAAACAUGUUUUCAAAAUUUCCCAUGAGAAUGAGCGAGAUGACUAGAUCUAGAUCUCACUCACUCUCAUUGAAAUGUCAAAAACAUGUUUACUAAACAAAAUUUAUUGUGCGUUAUGACCAGCGCACAAUAACUUUUGUUUAGUAAACAUGCUUUUGACAUUUCAAUGAGAGUGAGUGAGAUCUAGAUCUAGUCAUCUCGCUCAUUCUCAUGGGAAAUUUUGAAAACAUGUUUACAAACAAAAGUUAUUGUGCGCUGUUCAUUAGGCAUUAAACUAUAAAAUUUCAAAAUAAAUAUUGUAUACAUCCAAAAUUGAAUAUUUAAUGCCAUAAAACAUUUUAGUCCUUUUGUGCGCUGUGAUUGGCCAAUGCAUUUAUUGCUUUCGAGUUGUAGCCAAUCAGGGAACGUGAUGGAACUAAAAUAUUUGAUCAAAUUAAAUAUUUGAUUCUAAUUUGGACAAUGCUUCAAUCUUAAACUUGAAAUACUUUCAACUAUUGAAAUUUUAUUUUUUCUAUUUUUUUUGGGUUUUGUGCAUUUUUUAAGUAAAAAAAAACAGUUAUAUUCGCUCCUUAACUGAUUCCUGUAUGUAAAAUUCCAAAGCCGAUAAGAUCUUUAAAAGAGUGUGUUCUUAGCAAAUGUUUAAGAUUUAUGGGCACUUUUUGCGUUUGAUUUCUAAUAAAAUUUGAAGCAAGAGAGUAAUAGUGGUAUUAUAGAUGAUAUGAAACAUAAUAGGAAGGAGUAUAUAUAGCGAAAAUAAAUACAAAUAGUAAAAGAUAGAGGAAAAACUUGGAUGAAAAUAAGAAGAAAAAAAAACAUAAAAGAACAGUCGCUGUCGUUUGUGUGAUGCAAUUCUGUGAUCCGCAUAUAUAUUUAUACAUAAAUAUAUAUACACGUAUAUUUUUGGUGGCCAUAGAAGCCAAAAAAAAAAAAGAAAAAGAAUAAAUCAUACCUGUAAGAAAUAGGAAGAAACUUCGAUAUUUUUAAUGAUUAGAUAAGAUGGAGAGGAAAUUGAAAUAAAAAUGGUAAGGUAAAUGAAAGUAGAUGCACAGUUGGUGUUUUUUUUUUCGUGUUAAGAUCAGUGAUCAGCACUGAAAGGAAAUUGUGAAGCGUACGAAUAUGAAAGGAUUUUUAGAUAAAAAAUUUAGAUUGACAGGAAUCAAAAAAUGUAUCUGAUGUAUAAUGAAUAAACUUUAGCAUUUAGAAAAUUGUGAAUUUUUACAAUGAAAACCAACCACUAAUUUCUUACGAAGAAAACGCGUCACAUUUCAAUAGAUCUUUCUUUUUUUUUGUUUAAGAAAAUAUUGCAUAGAAAGAAAAUCUUUGUGUAAUUAAUUAUUAUAUAAUUGUUCUUAGAAGUAAUUUCAACAUUUCACAAUUUUUCAGCUAAUUAAGGUGAUGUUUUGUCAUCAUUUUUUAAAUGUAAUGGAUGUUUAUCUGUUUUUUCAUAAUUAGUGCACAAAGAAAAUUUAAUGAAAAAAAAACCAGCACACUUUUUUCAGUAAGUGUAGAGAGAAAAGCAAAACAGUAAAUGAAAAAACGUAAACCUAACAAAAUUAAUGUGUCAAAAGUAUUAAUUAAAGACUGCUAAAGGACGAUCCGUUGGUUUUAAAACUAGGAGAGAUAUGAAAAAAGUCAAAAAAAAUCAUACCUCUUAUAUUUAUAAAGAAAAAAACAUACUUCUAGUACGAAAAUAUCCCCUUUUUUAUACAAUACAGGCAUAAAAAUCCCGAUCGUGCGUAGAAUUCCAACGAUCGUGAUCAAUAGUUUGUAGAAUUGAGAAAUUUUGAAGGACAAAAAUUCUCUCCAAAAUGAAUAUUUCAGAAAGAAAUAAAAUACACACUUUACAUUACUCAUCCCAGAUCAUAAAAAAAACCAAAGCAAAAAAUACAGUCGAUCGAUAAAAUAUUUUGGUAGGAAAACAGCGAUCUGCAGGUGAAAGAAUUGCAUUAAGAAAAAAGAAACACUUAAAAACGUCAUUGUACAUAUCCAAGAAAAAGAGGGACUAUUGUGAAAAAAAUCGCAAAAUGCGUUAAAUUCGAAAAAAGACACUCAUUGAAAGAGAAAGAAAAGAAAAUCUUCCCUUUUUUUCUAAAAAAAAAAAAAAUAAAUAAAUUUAGAGGUGAUCGGUUUCGUGAUAUCCAAUUGUUUUUAGCUUACUGUACAAAAAAAAAUGAUGAAAAAAUAAAUGAGAAACAGAGGUAAAAAAAAACUUUAGAUGAAAAAUUAAAUUUAGUAAUAAAAUUACCGUGUUCAUCGGAGUUGGAAUGAUCGAGAUGGGGGAUCAAGAUCACCUGAUCCUCCCACUUUUUGGGACAAAACUCUCACAAACGAUCAACGAAUUAGGUAUCAGAAAUACUUUGCAAAAGUUAUCUCUUACCCUAUCUCGAUCAUAAACCUUUUUUUUACGUCCAACUCCACUGAAUGACCUAAAGGAAAUUAAUAAAAUAAAAUUUUAAUAAAAAAAAAUGCAUUCAUUGUAUUAAAAGUUCUUCCGAUAAGAGCAAAUAAAGUAGCAAAGAAAUCAAAGAACAAUUAGAUGAAACAGUUAAAACAGAGAAAAGUCGAAUAAUUGAAAAAAAGAUGGAAAACCAGAGCUAACAAACAUAUUUGAUAAAUGUAUAUUACACUUUAUACAUUGCAUAUAAAUAGAGAAAAAAAGAAUUAAUAAAUAGAAACUCAAAAAAAUGAUUGAAAAGAUCACGUGAAUUAGUAAAAAUGACGAAAAACCUAGUAAAAUGUAAACUUUAGUGGUUGAUCGGAGUGUAAAAACGGAACGAGAUCGCAAGAUCAAAAAAAAAGUGAAGAUCCCAGAAAUUGAAUUUCAAAAAAGGUCAUGAAUAAUAAUCUAAAACAAUAAAAUAAUGAAACGAAUUUUAUACAUGCUGAAAAAAUCAUAUGGAUGUGUUUUUGACUAAGAAAAAGUGUUUAAAAAAAACCCAACAAAAAAAUCAAAGGAAAUUUUGUAACAAAGAAAUGAUAAAAAAAAUUCUCAAAAAAAGAAUGAUGAAAAUUCAUUUUACCUAAUGUGAAAAGCAAAAAAAAAAAUAAUAAAAAAUAAAAAAAAGAAUUAAAAAUGAAAACUAGUGAAUAUGGAAAAAGAAAUUGUGUGUUUCUAUACAAUAUAUUUGAUUUUCUAAAUAAAAAAAAAAACUAGUAAUAGAAAAAAAUCUUUGAAAUAAAGAAAAAAAGAAUGUAAAGGUGAAUUUUAAGGAUAAUUUUGAAAGUAUAUUGUAAUAAUCGAUUUUUAAUAAAAUGACAAAAAAAAAGGAAAAGAAUAACAGAGAGAAAAAAGUGAAAAGAAUUUUAAUAUAAAAAGAAAUGAAGCAGUAGUUUUUAGCAUAAAUUUAAGAAAAAAAAGUAAUUUUAAGUGAAUGCGUGCAUAAAAUGUGAAAAAUCCACUUGUGAAGCCAAAAGCAUAAAAAUUUAAUUUUGCUGUUUUUAUUCCUUUUAUUUUGUUUUUUUUUCUUCUUGUGAAAAAAAUCAAGACAAAUGCAAACCACAACAUUCGUUCAGUGACGUCAAGAUGGAGAAUCGCUAAACGAUCCUCCAUCGAGACGAUCAUCUACUCAAAUUUUUGACUUAAUAUAUGUAUGUAGCUCUCAUUCAUACAUGUUGUACAUACGUAUUUAUUAACUAAAGAAAAAAAAGGAAGAAAACCAUGGAAGAAAUGUUACGUUUUGCAAAAAUGAACUAAAAAAGAAUAAUUUAACGAAGGAUGAAAAGAAGAAAAAAGUAACAGGCAUUAAUGUAGCAAAAAAAGUGUGUGUAUUAAAAAAAAAUGAAGAGAAAUAUAAAUUUAUUAGUUCUUAAAUUACUUAAC